AUGAGUCCUUCCAUUUCCAUGCUUGAUGACAUUCCAGCCUCCGAGAAAGUCCGUCGUUCCAAACUCACGGGCAAACAAAUUUGUUGUCGUGUCUUAAUUUGUCUCUCCAUUUCAUGUGCCGUGUUGUGUGCAGCCAUUGCAGCCCUUAUAUUAAUUGCAUGGUUUUCAGUGGGUUCUGUUUUGUGGAAUAUUGCAUUCGCAGUGGACAUUUCAUACGAUUGUGAUGAAUUUCGAGGAAAUUCUCCUUCGAAUUUUACCAUUAAUUAUCGAUGUCCUCCCUUGUUGGAACCAUUGUCACAAUGGCCAACGAGAUUGGCUCCAUUCUUUGUGAAUUCAAAUAAUUUGGAAGUGGUGAAUUUUCCGAGUCGAACACCUGAUUGGGUGAGUGGAUUUGGACCUGCAAACAUUACUGCCACUCUCAUGAAACAGGACAUUAUUAAUUCCACCUCCAAAUUCAUCAUUACCAUUCAUGGUUAUCGAGUAUGUAGAUAUCGCUCAGAAUCCAUGCUUCCAAGUACCAUGCUCUAUCAUAUGGGAUACAAUAUUUUACAAGUCGAUUUGAGAAAUCAUGGAGAUUCAGGAGUUUACGCACCACUUCCGUACGUUAGCUUUGGCAAUUUUGAACAUUUAGAUAUUUUAGGAGCAAUGGAUUACAUCCUUGCUAGAUAUCCAUUCCUUAACAAGACCAAUAGUAUUGGAUUAUUUGGAACUUCAAUGGGGGGAGCCACUGCACUUGUUUCCUUCUCUCUCGAAAAGAAUUUCAAAGCGGCCUUUGUUGACUCUCCACCUUGUGACAUUGUCGGUUCUCUUCAAAAAGCUGCCGAAGAUAUUGCUGGAAAAGCCAUUUCAGGAGUGGCCAUGAAUGCCAUCAAAUCCAUGGUCCCUGUGAAGGCUCCAGCCAUGGGAUUCCCUCCAUUCCAUUACGAUCCUUAUGAAUUAUUGACCAAUGUGGAUUUGAGUGGAGGUCGAAAAAUCUUCUUUUUACACAUUGAAGAUGACGCCAUUGUACCAACUGUGAAUCACUUUAUUUGUAUUAAUGCGACAAAAAUUUCGAUUGCAAAGAAUCAAUAUUCACCCAAUAGUAUUGAGUCGUAUUUGGGAACGAUUGAAUUCCCAUAUCCAAUUACAAAUCGAACACGAACGUAUUGCAACAAACACUUGUCGUUCCAGUUUGUGCAUUUGGAUGAGUUUAGAACUUUGUUAUAUAAUUUCUUUAAAACUAAUUUGUAA